AUGCUCCUCAUCGGUCUAACGGGCUCCAUUGCCACCGGCAAAUCAACCGUUUCCUCCCUCCUAUCCGCACCGCCGUACAAUCUUCCGAUAAUUGAUGCAGAUGUCCUCGCUCGGAAGGUCGUCGAACCCGGCACACCUGGCUACAAGGCUAUAGUAGACUACUUCGGUCCAACUACACCAGAUCUCCUCCUCCCUGAAGAAACACCGGGGAAAGGGCGGCCUCUAAACCGCCCCGUGCUGGGGAGACGAGUUUUCGGCGAUUCGGACGAGCGCAAGAAAGAUCGUGCGGUGUUGAAUGGGAUUGUGCACCCGGCAGUCAGAUGGGAGAUGUACCGUGAGCUCGUGCGGUAUUACCUGAAGGGACACUGGGCGGUCGUGUUAGACGUCCCGUUGCUGUUCGAGAGUGGACUGGACGCGCUCUGCGGGACGGUUAUUGUCGUUGGAGUCAAGGAUCCAGCAGUGCAGAUGCAAAGAUUGCGGUUGCGAGACCCGCAUCUGAGUGCUGAAGAUGCUGAGAAUCGUGUGAAGAGCCAGGGCAAUGUGCUGGGAAAGGUGGAGCGUGCGCAAUUCAGGGGCGUAGAAUCGGCGAGAGGCGUCAUCGUGUGGAAUGACGGCGAUAGAGCGGAGCUGGAGGCCGAGAUAAAGAAGGCCAUGACGCGCAUUGAGGCGUCAAGUCCGCGGUGGUGGGCGUGGGUCCUCCUAUUUGCUCCGCCGCUGGGAAUAAGUGUUGCAGCCUGGAAUCUCGCCAUAAAUUAUCGCAGCCGGAAGCAGUGGGAUGAAAAGGAGCGAAUGGAAAAGGCCAGGCUUUGA